GCGCUAGAACGAGUGCAAACCACUCCAAACAUCCAAUCUGGAUUCACGUUACGCAUGCGCGUAACGUCAUGCACGUUUUGCGAGUGAAUCAGUGAACAUAGAAGGAGUAACUCCUUUUGUGAUAUGAUAAUAGUUAUGUGCAGAAUAACAGAAUUAAGCAAGCAAACUGUUAAAUUAGCCAGAUAGUGUCAAAAAGUCUGGAUAGGCGGAGAUUUAGACGCGGUAAGACGCGUUAUAAAAUAUCACUCAAAGAAGCAAGCAAUUAUGGCACCAAACAAAAAAGACAAGGGAAGAUAUUUGAACAUUGGAGACCGUGUAACGCUGUUGAACCGAUUGGAAAAGGGAGAAAAAGCUUCCAAUUUAGCCAGAGAAUACAAUAUUACACCAGGGGCAAUAUCAAAGUUAAAGAAGGCCAAAGAACACAUACAGCGACAGUAUUCAAUAAUUCUUGAGAAUCGAGGAAGCGCAAGCAAGAUAAAGUUCACAGUUGAGAAUAAUCAUCUCGAAAGAUCUCUGUACGAAUGGUUUAUUGAAAAGAGAAACAUGGGCGAUACGGUAACGGGAUCUAUGUUGCAAAAGAAAGCAGUGGAACUGAACGCCAAGUUGAACGGUUCCAGCACGUUUAAAGCGUCUACGGGUUUUGUGGCUAGAUUUAAAAAAAGACACAAUAUUAAGCACCUGGCUCAUCAGGGUGAGAAACCGACUGUUGGCAAAAAGGCAAAUCAGUUUUUUCAGAAAAUAGCGAAAUAUAUUACCGAAGCUGAAAUACCGUUAGACAGAGUUUACAAUGCCGACAAAACUGGUCUCUUUUGGAGGAUGUUGCCAAAUAGAAUACCGACUCUCGACGAUAGCCAGUCAUCCGAAAGAAAAAUCUACAAAGACAAGGUCACUUUAAUGAUGUGCACAAACGCUACAGGGAGUCACAAGCUCCCGCUUCUAGUUGUGGGAAAACACGAUCAAUCGGAUUGUUUUAGCAACGUACACGCUUUGCCUGUUUUCUACAAAGGACAAAAAAAUGCUUCUAUAGACGGUGAAUUGAUGUUACAAUGGUAUCAGGACAUUUUUCUUCGGGAAAUAGAGCAGCAUCACGGGUCAGAUAGCAAACAGUGCCUUCUUUUACUCGAGAACGCUCCCUGUCAGAUAUCGAUAGAACAGUUCAACUCAAUUAGCAAACAAUGUCAAGUAAUAUAUUUACCUUCCAAUGUGAAAUCACUUGCACAGCCAGUGAAUCAGGGAAUAAUUGCGAAAUGUAAACAAAUUUACAAAAGCAAUCUUCUCCGACUGAUACUUGCCGAAAAUACAUUCGAGGAUGUGCAAAAACUUUUGCAAUCGUUCGAUCUGCUUCGUUGUUGUUAUCUGAUAAGCAACGCUUGGGAUGCGAUAACAGACGAUUAUAUAAAAACUGUUUGGAAAAAUAUUGUUUCAAUCGAUAAAAAUUUAGAGCCACGGUGCGUUCAAGACUCGCAGCUUGCGUCUUUCACGUUUGACAAAAUUCCGAAUUCUAAAGAAAUUAUCGCGUGGUUGCACGAUAACGACGACGAUGAGCCAGAAGAUGAAACGUUAAAUGAUCAAGAACUAUCGUCUCCGGAGAACAAUGAAGAAACCGACGAAAAUGAAACGGAACAAAACAGAUGUCCGAUCGAACGUGAAGUUGCGGAAGAUGACAUUGCGGCGAAAGAUGCUGUUGUUGCAAUAAAUACAGUAAUACAGUACACAAGAAAGGUCGAAGUCACUACCGAGGAAUUUAAUUUUUUGUUUAAACUCUGGCUACGAGCAAUCAAUGAGCUUCACGAUACGUAAAACAUUUUAGGUAGCCAAAUGACAGC